GUGACCAAAUAAGGGUGACGGAGUUCGAACAGAUUUACUUCCUGAUAGAAACUAAACAAUUUUCAUCAACAUAUCAAUAUGGCGAACAACUGCACGUUGUUUUUGGACAAGCAGCACUAUUGUACGGUGAUCUAUGCCGUGAAACAAACCGUGUCUUCGUUGGAACUGAUUGGAAGCUUGUUCGUUAUUUUCAUCAUCUGGUUAUUUAAAACAUACAAGUAUUUCCACCAGCGAUUAAUUCUAGCACUCAGUGUUGCAGCUCUAUGUGGAAGCAUUUCAUUUAUGCUGACAGGUGUCCCACAGGAGAGAGGACCCUUGUGUGAAUUGCAAGCAUGGUUCAUUACAUAUUUUGUACUAGCGCUUCUGUUUUGGGUUUGCUGUAUUACUUUCAAUAUCUGGAGAGCUUUGAGGGGAGACAGAGCCAAACGCUUAGAAAAGUUGUAUCAUUUUGUGUCUUGGGGUGUACCAGUCAUCUUUGCCAGUGCUCCAUUCAGUGAAAAUGUUUACGGACCUGCUGGACCAUGGUGCUGGGUAGCAGGCGAUGUUGAAAAAAGCGCCAUAUGGAGAUUUGCAACAUGCAAGCUAAUUUACGGUGCCGCUGACUCUUUCUCUCCAUUUUUUAUCAGGUACUACAUUCCUUUGUUUAUUUGCAUCAUUGGACUCUUCGUUGCCUAUAUUUACAUAUUUGUUACUCACCGGCGACAGGUCCAACGCUGGGAAGGAAUUCACAGAAUGAAUAAUGCGGCAGACGUUGAACAAAGAAGGGUACUGAUGAACCACAUUAAUUCAUUGAUGGCCUACCCAUUCAUUUAUCUUGUGCUGUCGUUGGCUCCUUUCAUACACAGAGUUUACAACGCAGUUUAUUCAGACCCAAGCUUUGUUCUGAUUCUCCUCCAUGUUAUCUCCAUACCUUUAACAGGAUUGAUUAAUGCUAUUGCAUUUGGAGUGAACAAGGAAACCCUCAACAGACUGAACUGGGCUGAUAUGAAGGUGGCUUUUCAGCAGCAUUUUCCAUCGUGGAACCAAGGAAUGGACAGGUCCAUGGGAGAACAUCAGCUCGGAGAACCGACUCAGUGCACAGAAUUCCCGGGUCGCUCAAAUACAAGAUCUAAUACUAUUAAAUGAGUACUUUUCCUG